UAUACACUAGUCUGGGUUGAAUUUUAGAUAUUACUGUUCUAGUGUGAAAAUGAUGAGUAGUAGUUACAGACCAUUACAACAUUGCUUCAUUGUUAUGUUUUGCAAGUUUGCAUGGGCUGAAUAAAAUAAGGCCACAGGCCUGAAGUUUGGCACAUGUGAAUUAUGGGAACGCAAAUAACCUCAUAAUCGCAUAUGGAAACAGAAUGACAACAUCCAAGGAUUGCAUGAAAAUACAUGGUCUAUCAUUUACACUCACAUGUGUCAUCAUCUCUCUGGGGCUCACAUAGUGCCUAUUAUAUCUGUCAGCUCACAAAUAUAUUUCUCUUUGGAGCUGAGCUCACAUAUCAAAGUGAGGUUUUGCAGCAGAUGUAACAGAAUAAUGCAAGCAUAGAAUUUUUUAUAAAUAUUGUCUUCUCUUUUUUACUUUGGAAAAAUCUGAUGUGUGAGGACUUAGUGGUGAUUUGUAGAAACUCAUCCUGUAUUGUUAGUGGUAUCUGUAAAUUUUUAUGGUUCUAUUUUGUAUCAUAUUAUGUCAGUUACUAAUGAUAGCACAGUUGAGGUUUUACUUAUACAUCAGCAAAUAUUCCAGGUUGCACUGAAUGAGGGAUUGGUAUCAAAAGUCAUUUUUGCAAUAUUAAUGUCUCUGUUCUUUAUCUAUUUGAAUGCCAUCAUGGUCUACACUCUUUGGAGCAAGCCUAUUUUUAAAGAGACUCCACGCUACAUUCUGUUUAACCACAUGCUUCUCAAUGACUCGAUUCAGCUCUUUGUUACCUCUUUGUUGUAUAUUUUUAGUCUGGCCUAUCUCAAGUUAGUCAUGGCUGCAUGUACUUUCUUAGUUUUUGUUUCAAGUACAACAUUCCGUAAUGCACCUUUAAACUUGGCUCUGAUGUCGCUAGAGCGUUAUGUGGCCAUAUGCUUUCCUCUAAGACAUGCUGAAAUAGCCACUCAAAAAAGGACUUAUAUUUCCCUUGGAAUUAUUUGGUUUAUGGGUCUGAUGCACUUUAUAAUUGACUUGCUUUAUGUAGUACUGGUGGAUCCUAAAUUUUUAACCUCACAAAUAUUUUGCACAAGAGAAAGACUCUUCAUAAAGCAAUGGCAACUAGAUGCUUAUCAGGGCUUUAAUGUAUUCUACUUUGUGUCAGUGUCGAUGAUCAUCCUUUUCACAUAUGUUAGAAUUCUGAUCACAACCAGGUCCAUUUCCUCCAAUAAAGAGUCAGCUGCAAAAGGACACAAGACUGUACUGCUGCACCUUGUUCAGCUGGGACUGUGCCUUACUUCUUUUCUUUUUAGCCUUAUAGAGCGAGCUGCAGCAAUGGCCAGCACCAGCACCAGCGUCUUCAUCGACCUGCGUUACCUAAACUAUGUGUUUGUGUUGAUCUUGCCACGCUGUCUAAGCCCACUCAUCUAUGGACUGAGAGACGAUGCUGUACGGCCCCUAUUCAUCUACUACUUUCGCUGUGCCACAGGCAAACACACGUCUAUUGUCAAUGUACACUGAAUUGAGAGCAUUUUUUGAGAUGCUUAAGGAUAUUUAAACCUGUUCAGAGUCACAAUAAUUGUUGUAAAAUCUCAUGGAGAAAAUAUAGCAUGAAUGGGUAUGCAUAGUUAUCUUGUAACUCACUUGUAUCUUGUAAGUCCCACUAUACUAGGGGUUUUGAUUCAGCUCUGUAUAACACAGCUGACACCACAUCACCAUGCGUUUCAGUUAAAAACAAACACUGACUGUUUG